AGUCGGUCAGUAGUGUAUCGCGGGUGAGUCGCUUGCAGGCUGUGUGUAUGUGUGUGUGUGAGUCGGCACUAUUACCGUGUACAGCACAGUAAAAGCUUCUGCCAUGGACAUAUAGAUGUUCCUAGAGUGCUAUAGUAAUAAUACAGUGUGGUGGUCGUUUUCGCGCACUUUAAAGAGGAUCUGAGUUCACUGAAUUAACGAAGGAAGUUCACUGAAUUAACAGGAGCAGAAAAUUAAUCCUCCUCAUCCUCCUCAUCUCAUACUACUCCUUCUCAGCUCACUUUUUCAUCGAUUACUUGACAGACAUGAAGGAAAUGGAAUCUAUUGCUCUUUGUGUGCUUUUCCUCUUCUGCUCCUCUUCUUUCACACAAGGUGAACAUGAUUCCAACUCAUCUGCACUUCCUCAGAACUUCACCAUACCAUCCACCUCUGCACCUCCCCAAAGGUCGUCCACUACACAACCAGAAUCCCUUUUAAGACCUACACUUCUCACCGCUUCCUCCGAGGGAGAUAACAGAGAUAACGACACCCUCAGCCAUAACGAUACAGCGAACAGCACAGAUGCUCCAGGUUUUGCCCCAGGAGCUGCUGGACCUACAGUGACUACUCUUGCACCCACAACCGGUACAAAUGCUCCAGGAAAUCUAACAGACAGCCAAGGCAAGACUAAUCUUUCACCCGGAGAUAACCAGACCUCAACAACAACCAAUACAACAUUACACACCAACGCUACCACACCUCUUCCCAAAGGCGAGCCUAAAACGAGCACCUCGGCUCCCACUACAACCUCCCAGAAUAUUACUGCCUCCACUACACCUCAGAUUACCACCAGCCCAUCAGCAACAACCACUCAAAGCAGGGGCAAAUCUUCAACUGUUACAAGCAAAGGCACAUCUGCUCCAACCACCAUUACAACUACCACCACAACUACCCAGGCCACAGAGUUUAGCAGCACUCCUGUCCUGGCGAAAGCUCGUGUAGACAAUCCGUCUGAGCUGAACGUCGGAGACAUCCCUGAAAACUCUAAUACGUCAACAGAUCCUCUCUUGGCCGGCUUGGUGUCCGUGUUUGUCGUGACCGCUGCCAUUGUUGCUCUUCUAAUUUUCCUGAAAUUCAGACACAGGAAUGAGCGUCCGGAAUUCCGUCGACUCCAGGAUCUCCCCAUGGAUGAUAUGAUGGAGGACACGCCUCUUUCCAUGUAUAGCUACUGAGUGCUCCCGAGAAACCCUUAAAAAGCCUCGAAUGACUCCUAGGCCUCUGAGUCAUUACGAACACCGAUCUAUUCCUAUUUUUCAUUCUUUUUCCAGUUCCUAAACUGAGACUUGAGCUUAAUUAUCCAGUCAUGAGUUUGUGGUUGGAACUGAACAAGGGCCGGGUUGAGCGGCACAGAUUUAGAGGACUUUUAAACAGUCAGUUUUUUUUUUAUUGGAGACAGAAUGUCACACAGUCCUGCUUCUUAAAACAUGCAAACGAGGUUUUAUGGCCUCUGUUGAUUGUCUUGCGGGGCAAAUCCCAUUUAAAAUAGACAGAGAGACUCAUUAUAUUAACAUUUGAUAUUUCUUUUAAACAGAAAACCGAGGCUUGUUGACUGAGUCGAGAGGCAUAGCUUUGUCUGUAUCAUUAGGAAUCCCUCACAGUGAGGGUACCUGAUGAUAUGAUGUAUUUAAAUACACUCCACCCUAAAUCCUUCUCCUUGCAAAACAUAAAAUUACACAAAUUCCCAAAUCCUAGAACUUGCUUAUUUCGUCAAAUGUAUUUGGGAUAACCAAAAAAAUGAAGACCAAAUGAGUAAUGUGCCUUUUAAUGCAAAAUUUUAAUGCUCCUGGUCAGCUAUUUUGUUUGUGUGUGUGUGUGUGUGUGUGAGACAGAAAGACUGGCUUGUUGUGUUUUAUUGCAAUUUAAUGACUUUUAAUGCCGCAGACCAAACUAAAUGAUGCCGAAUAGCAAUUGUGGAAUUUAUUAACUGCUUGCUCUGAGAGGCUAAUGAGACUCUACACCAACCCUUUAUUAAAGCAAAGGUCACUUGGACGGUAAAUUUCUUAAGUUUAUAAAUAAGACUCCGGCUAACUAUAAAACAUAAAUAUCUGGUGUGCUAUAAGUGCCUAAUUUAGAGUGUUGCGAAUUUAUUUACUGGAAUAUUAAAUAAUAAAACAUAACCAUUUCCCCAUUCACACAUGCCAUGAUUAGUUUUUCAGUGUGUAUAUAGGUGUGUGUGUGUGUUAUGGUUGUUGCUGAUGUGUCUCUAUAUGUGAUUUAUCUAGUAGGAGAUCCAGCACAUGAUGAUUUCUCCGAAGAAAUGUUUUUCAACUGGUCUAUGUAAAUCAGAUAGGGUAGCCGGGCAGUAUAAUUCGUUAAAUUCGCCUUGAAGCACACGCUGCGAUAUUAUAAGAACAAAACUGACUGAUGCUUUAUUUGUCGUGCUGGCAUUUAGUUUAAGGUUUAAUGGAACUUUGGAUUUGUUCAUUAAGGCUCCGCUGUAAACAAGCCACAAUGAACCGAAAAAUUUUGCUCGGAGCUCUGAAAGUCAUGGCGAUGGAAUUGCGUACAAGCUCAUGAAGUGGUUAUAAGAUCACAGUAUGACAUUUUAAGUGGGCUGUUGCUUGCAAGCCACAGGAAACAAUGACGAGAGAGGAGCUUUGAUGCGAGGAGGAUUACUCUGCUGCCUGGAUCACAGUGUAGGCAUUUGCUCUUUUAGUCCGUCAUCAGCGUUGAUGGAGAUUGAGUCAAGUAAAAUCAUUGGGAUUGGUGUCUGUUAUCUAUCUAAAUAAAUCUGGAGUCCCAUGCUGGUCACAACCUUCUCUGUACAGUGUGUGUGUGGAGGCAGACUGAGCUCAUAGUGACAUUAAAUGUGUCAUUGUUGAUAGAUUGAUCAGUGAGCAAGACCCUUACUGUAUCCCACAUAGGUUUUUCAUACAGCAGUUGUGCACCAUGCAUGAUUUACACAUAACAUGAUUAAUGGUUUUUAAAUUUGUAGUAAAUCAGGGUUUACUCAAACCUUGCCCUAGAGGGUUUAGCUCCAACCCUGAUCAAACUCCUCUACCUGUGAUUUUCUAAUGAUCCUGACGACACCGAUUAGCGUGCUCAGGUGUGUUUGAUUAAGGUUAGAGCUAAACUCUGCAGGAAAGUGGAUCUCGUGGGCUAGAUUUGAGGAUCCCUGUAGUAAAUCUUGCUCACAGGGUUAAACUGAUAUCCCACCAUCCUUUAGCGGUAAAAGUAUAAGCUAGCAAAAAUGUAAAAAAUUAAAAUCACUUGUACAAAUCGCUUGUAUUGAUUACACCAACAUGCUCGUGUGUGAACGUGAUGAUGAAUGUGCUCACAGCACAACUAAUGUAAAUUCAGUGCUGACCAUUUUCACUUGUACACUUUUACGCAGUAUAUAAAACUGGCUUUUUUGUGUGUGUCUCUUGCUGUUUAGUAGCUCGUUCAUUUGCACUUUAUUGUGGGGUCUCCAGGAGGAGGAGGAGGAGGAGGAGGAGCGGUGUUGUGUUGUGAUUAUUUUUAGGAAGAGAAGGUUUAAGAAUUGUCAGAAUAACACGUGCAGCUUUUUUUUGUUUUGUUUUUAUUUUAAUUUUGUGAAAGUGAACCUGGUUGCUAUUUUGUCACGCUUGUAAUAUGAUAAAGAUUGGUGUUGUAUGAACAUGCACUCUUGGAAGGAGCCCAUUACCUGGCGGUUAGGAGGUUAGACGUCAUAUUGCCUGGACCCGGCAUGUGCCAAGCUGUAAUUAAAAGUGUCCAUCAUUUCAUAUUCAGUUAUGAUUCAUCACAUUGUGCAAAAGGCACUCAGCAGGAUCCAUGACGAGUCUGUGCUUGUCUGAGAUAGAUAGGUAACUAACUAAGACUGCUCGUGUCAGCCAAGAGCAGGACGAGGAGCAGUAUUGAUGAGGCAGUUCAACCUUAAAGACGAACCCUUCUAAGCUUACAUGACUGUUCAUGCUUUUCUUUCGGCCCCAUUAUCGCUCUCAUCAUUGAGGUCGACUCACUCGUGGUUGCUUUACAAGUUACAAGAGGCUGAAAUGGAAAAUGUAAUACCAUCAACAGGCGGUGCUUGCUCAGGCAAUUUUUAUGAUGUAUAGAAUAAUUCAGCCACACACAACGACUGACAGGUUUAAAAAAAGCCAUAUAUUAUAUUUCAACUUGGUGAGUUUUUGUUCUUCUCUUCUGCUAGACUUAAAUUGAACCUUUAUUAAUGAACAUUAACACUUCAAGACAAAAGACUGAUUUUCCAGUUCAGUUCGUUCACCUCUAUAACUGAAAUAAGGUCCGUGUUAACACACAGACUCAACAACAGACCUUUCUCUGAUGAAGUUAGAAGCAUACUUCACAUGUCAUGUCUCUUGUGGUGUUCUGCUUUAUGUACCAGAAGUGCUGUUUUUGUAUUAAAAAAACCUGUUUGAUGUUCCAAAUGUUUUUUUUUAUUAUUAUUAAAUUUCUUUACAACA